GGUCUGUGAUCGGUUGGGUCAGACGAAGAACAGAGAGUACAGGAGCAGCAGAGAAUUCUGGGGCUUGUUUCAGAAAGUUUGGCUAGCAUUUGAUUCAGCAGAAUCACUGAGAUCAACCAGGACUAAGUGCAUUAAUAGGAUUAGAUUCAAUGAUCUGGUGGUGUACAUGUUGAGCAAUGUGGAAUUUGAGAAAGACGUCGAAUUUCUCGUCAUUUUUGUCAACUGCGUGAAUUUAGUGAUGGAUGAGCUCCGAUUGGCGUUUUCUUCAGACACAAAUGUCGAAAUGGUGGCAAGACUUUUGGACCUUGCACUCAAGACAAAGCAGGACUCGUGCAUCAAGUUAGCUUACCGACUUUUCAAAAUGGCCAACACAACCACUCUUCACUAUAAUAAGAAAAACAUAGCUUACUUUUGCGCCGAGUGUCUUCCCAGCUUAUUGUGUCUAAUGAAGUCCAAUGAAGCCCAGCUACUAGAAUCUAUGUUGAGAGGAGUGCUACUGCGAAGAGACACUAUCCCAGACCUUAAGGAGAAUAUUGGAUUUUUCUGCAAUUCAGCAUUCGUCAAAAAUAUAGACGGGUCCUUGGUGGCAGAGCUAUUUCAAAGAACAGCAGGAAGACUUGCAAUCACCGAUGUGGAACAAAUUUACAUGGAAAUUGCUUCGAAGUUCCCGGACGUGAAAGUGGAUCUGCUAAGGAGAAUUGUGGCAAUGAACAAGGUCUUGUCAACCAAGUUUCUCAUGGACUUGGUGGAGUCUAGUAACUUGAAUCUGGAAAUCUUGCAACUUGCAAUCAACAAAAAUGUUGAUGUCGGUCUUCACUACUCAAGCAAGAUUUUCGAGCUGGCCAACACUGGUUUUGAAGAACAGAAGUUCAGAAUUCUAACUACUCUGCUAGAUGUUUACGCCAGAGCUCGUGAGAUGGACGAGUUUUUCAGUCUCUGGCUCAAACAUUGCAACCAGAACUCUGUUUUAAUCUCCGACCAAUUUGUGACACAGGUCUCUCAAGUCAUCAUGGACCUAUCACAGAAACAAACGAUUGCCCUGAUCAGCAAAUACGUCGAGACUUUUAAGGAUAAUGAGUGGAGCUCGGUUCUUCUUUCUGCAAUUGCGAAAUGUCUUCUUUCGAGUGUGACCGGAUCGGCUCACACGGCCGUCACUAAGACACUGCAGCAGACCGUGCAAGAAGCCAAACCGCUGUUCCUUCAAGUCCUGGAUUACAAGCAAGGUAAUGCUCACUAUUGGAAGCUAGUGACGAUGAUUCUGAUGAUAUACGACGUCGAGCCUAACUUAACAUCUGGCGAGGCUGAUGAGUACUACUUUGCGUAUCUUCGUCUCUGCGAACGCGACUUGUCACACUGCAACGAAACACAGACGAACCAGUUUAUCAACCAUUACAAAAGCUCCGAUCUCAACUUCAAGCGAGUGAUUUUCAGACGAUGGUUUGUUCUCAUGAAUGCGAUGCUUGAUAAACAGCAGCUGCGAAUUCUGGUUGAAGAAUAUUUGCGAGUUGAAACAGAGCCGGUAAAGGUGCUUUCCAACGGUGUCUUGCACGAGCAGAUCAAUCUGGUGAGAGAAAUAAUUAAUUACAUCGUCCAUCAUUUCAGUGAAGAUCCGGAAAAGAUGGCACAGUACACAGAGCAAAUUCCAGUUAAUUGUUACUCGCGCGCUCAGAGAGAGCAUGUUCUGGACCUUUUGAUUUCCGUGCCGUCUGAUGCCGCCUUGGCAUCCAUACUGAUGCUUCUGAGUCAGCCCACCUUGAAAUCCAAACUGGAAUCCAAUCUCGACGUUCUGAUAUCAUUUGUGGAUGUUUCUGACGACCCUAGACGGUUGGAAAUUGCAAGGAAGAUCUUUGAUGCUCAUCUUCGUCAAGGGUCCAAAUUUGUGUGCGACGCUGAAAAUAAACUUCAAAGCAACAGUCUCAAGACGACGCUGUGUCUGCUGCGGGCAGAGCGUGGAGCGGGAAAACUAAACACUCAGCUAUUCCAGGCCACAGUGAAAAGGUGUGUUGACAGUCUUUCUACAGGCACACAGUACUUAGAUUAUUUGGUGGAGCUGAAAAGUUGGAACAGGGAACCGGACCCAUCCAUAAAACCAGUCAUCAAGGAGCUAGGUGCCAAAUGUGACGACAAGACCUCUGAAAAGCUAUUUGAACUGAUUUGCUAUUUGAGGGACACCUAUAGCCCAACAUAUGUGCUUGCGUUGUACUUAAAUCUAAGAGAUUCCAGUGAAGUGAUAAGUUCACUGCGAACAUAUUUACAGGAGCUUGAUGUCGAGCAGAUUUCUGCUCUGUGGAUGUGGGUUCUGGACAGCGACGAGAAUGCCAGCAAAGUGUGCUCUUUGAUAGGCCUAUUUUUACAGAUCCAGACCCCUGAAAAUCCGUACGCGCAAAAGCUGGCAAUCGCUUCACUUUCCAAGCUUCUAGAUUUGCAGCUCUCCACCAAAGACAUGACGUAUGUGGCACAAAUUCUCAAACAGAUAUUAAGCUCUUCUCAUUGGAUGCUCACGCAGUACACUGUGGAGCUGAUCAUCACUUUUGUUAACCGAGUCACGAAAAAACUCCUGGAUUUUGAGGGAUCUCUGGGUGAGAAACAAUCUCUGUUUGCUCUAAACUGUCAAUUGCUAUCGAAUAUCCUGCUUUUUCAACGGUUCAGAUUUUCUAACAGACAGCAUUUGAUAACGCUGUCCUUUAUUCCAUUGAUGGAGUGUCUGUUCAAGCUGAAAUUGGAUGCUUCUGCUGGACUGGCAUACCAACGCCUAGUUGGAAACCUGUGCGAGAUCUCGGCCUCCUCGGUCACAAAUGCAGAGACCGACUCAUCGCUGACAAGAGCCGUCUCAUACAUGAAAUACCACCUACGGAAGUUUGCGUCCUUGUUGAUCAUGAACUAUCUGAAGUUCUACCUCAUUUAUCGACUAGAACCAGCUACCAAGGAAGCAUUGGAAGCCAGCAUGUUUGUGAUAUUUGAUCUUUUGACGACCAACGAACUGAACUACAUCAAUGCGAAUCUAGAUCCUCAAGCGAGGGUGGUCUACAAAGUUCUCUAUGAUGACUACAAGAAGUUUGGCAAAUGGAGAGAGGAAUGAUUC